CUCAGCGUACUGCCCUCCUUUGGCUUUCUUUUUGACAUUGAUGGUGUACUGGUACGAGGAAAGACUCCAAUUCCUUCUGCAAAAACAGCCUUUCAAAAGCUAGUUAAUUCUCAGGGACAAUUCUUGGUGCCUGUGGUGUUUGUCACCAAUGCAGGGGAUUGCCUUCGCCAGAAAAAAGCUGAUCAGUUGUCUCAUCUACUGGGAGUUCCAGUUUCACAAGAUCAAGUCAUGAUGUCACACAGUCCUCUGCGGAUGUUCAAACGUUAUCAUGAAAAAUGCGUUCUUGUAUCUGGACAAGGACCACUUCUUGAUAUUGCUCAAGACCUUGGUUUCUGUCAGCCCGUCACCAUUGAAACAUUGCGGGAGAAAUACCCUUUGCUGGAUGUCGUCGACCACGACAGGAGACCUAACGUUCUGUACCCUUCUGCUGUGGAGCUUCCCAAGAUUGAGGCUGUUGUUUUGUUUGGGGAGCCAGUCAGAUGGGAAACCAACCUCCAGUUGAUAAUAGAUGUUCUGCUGACAAGUGGCUAUCCUGGAAACCCGUAUCACCAUGGGAAUUACCCUCACAUUCCUGUACUCGCGUGCAACAUGGAUCUGAUGUGGGUUGCUGAAGCACAGUCUCCAAGGUUUGGGCAUGGAACGUUCAUGGUUUGUUUGGAAAACAUUUACAAGAAGAUCACUGGCAAAGAUCUGAAAUACGAGGCCUUAAUGGGCAAACCCAGUAAACUGACCUACCAGUACGCGGAAUACCUCAUCAGGGCUCAGGCAGCAGAAAGACAAUGGAAACAACCUAUUCAGACUCUUUAUGCUGUUGGAGAUAAUCUCAUGACUGAUGUCUAUGGUGCUAACCUUUACAAUCGCUAUCUUGAAGAGGACUCCAGAAAAGGUUCCAAAUCACGGAUUCAGGCCAAAGUUGCUGGUGGCAGAGGAUCUGCCGCUCUCUCUCAGGAUGAUGAAAUAGACCACAGUUGGGAGAAUGAAUUAGCAUCUGCAGCUGCUGCCCACUGCAGGUCUGUUCUUGUUUGUACUGGGGUUUACAACCCUCACACAGAGGUACCCGUGGGUACCAGGGAGAGCAUCACUGAAACGGUGUUCCACGGCCACAGAGAUUUUAGAUUUGAUCCUGGUUUAGUAGAACCAGAUCACGUUGUACCAGAUGUCAAUGCUGCUGUAGACCUGGUCUUCCAGCUGGAGAACUUUGCACCUCAUCGAGGUGACACCUCCGUUGGAGCGUGUUGGGAUCCUGCAGCAGGAGACGUGCCGGGUGACUGCUCUGCGGAGCGAGUGGAGGUGAGCAGGAGCUUCGCAUCACGACACCUUGAUCCAGCUAAAGCAGUGAUGGAGACACCUGUAGAGGAGCACGGGCUUUGGCAGAGCCGAG